UGAGGAUAACGGUCGGCCACAACAAGAUGGCGGAGACGAUCCGCGCGCCGCGCUCUAGUGUCCGUUUCUGUCUUGCAAAUUAAAAAGCGGCGAGACCCGGGGGUGACGUCACUUCCGGCUCGGUGAAGGAUGGCGGCGCCGGUGUCUCCGGGGAGAGAUGUGUUCGCGGAGGGAUUGUUGGAACUGCUGAAACCGGCUGUGCAACAACUCGACUCCCACGUCCAUGCUGUCAGGGAGAGUCAGGUGGACCUGCGGGAGCACAUAGACAACCUGGCGUCAGAGCUGUGUAAGAUAAACGAGGACCAGAAGGUGGCGCUGGACCUGGACCCGUAUGUGAAGAAGCUGCUGAACGCGCGACGCCGCGUCGUCCUGGUGAACAACAUCCUGCAGAACGCUCAGGAGCGGCUGAGGCGGCUCAAUCACAGCGUUGCCAAGGAGACGGCGCGGAGGAGAGCCAUGCUGGAUUCGGGGGCCCACCAUUCCCAGACUUCCCCCAACAAGUGAAGAGGCGGAGCUCUGGAGCCACGCCUUACAUCCGCAGAUGAGGUUUCCGGCAGCCCCGCCGUCGUGGGCGUCGUCUUCCAGGGUCUACACCCAGCGCAGCCAUGAAUGAGGUGCCAGGUGCCACCAUGCUCCACCCACCGCCCUCCAUAGACAUGCAUGAACCAUAACCGUGUAGCGGGGUCCUCGGCGGGGGCUUCAGUGAUCCAUAUAUAGGGGGUGGAGCUUCAGAGGCAGGACAAGCCAAGGAGAAGGGGAGGGG